AAAGCACAAAGAAGCACCUGCAGCAAUGGCCAAGCUGACAGAAUCCAUGACUAACGUCCUGGAGGGCGACUCCAUGGACCAGGACGUGGAGAGCCCCGUGGCCAUUCACCAGCCAAAGUUGCCUAAGCAGGCCAGGGACGACCUGCCGAGACACAUCUGCCGAGACCGGACCAAAAGGAAAAUCCAGAGGUACGUGCGGAAGGACGGGAAGUGCAACGUGCACCAUGGCAACGUGAGGGAGACCUACCGCUACCUGACUGACAUCUUCACCACCUUAGUCGACCUCAAGUGGAGGUUCAACCUGUUGAUCUUCGUCAUGGUUUACACAGUCACAUGGCUCUUUUUUGGGAUGAUCUGGUGGCUAAUAGCGUAUAUCCGAGGAGAUAUGGACCACAUAGAGGACCCGUCCUGGACUCCCUGCGUCACCAACCUCAACGGGUUCGUCUCUGCUUUUUUAUUCUCAAUAGAGACAGAAACCACCAUCGGUUAUGGCUACCGGGUCAUCACGGACAAGUGCCCAGAGGGGAUUAUCCUCCUCUUAGUCCAGUCGGUGUUGGGGUCCAUUGUCAAUGCAUUCAUGGUGGGAUGCAUGUUUGUCAAAAUAUCGCAACCCAAGAAGAGGGCAGAGACCCUGGUGUUCUCCACCCACGCGGUGAUCUCCAUGCGGGACGGGAAGCUGUGCCUGAUGUUUCGCGUCGGGGACCUCAGGAAUUCCCACAUCGUGGAGGCCUCCAUCCGAGCCAAGCUGAUCAAAUCCAAACAGACCUCAGAGGGGGAGUUCAUCCCCUUGAACCAGACAGACAUCAACGUCGGGUAUUACACCGGGGACGACCGGCUGUUCCUGGUGUCGCCUCUCAUCAUCAGCCACGAAAUCAACCAACAGAGUCCUUUCUGGGAAAUCUCCAAAGCCCAGCUGCCCAAAGAGGAGCUGGAGAUCGUGGUCAUCCUGGAAGGGAUGGUGGAAGCCACAGGGAUGACAUGCCAAGCUCGGAGCUCCUACAUCACCAGCGAGAUCCUGUGGGGGUACCGGUUCACCCCGGUCCUGACGCUGGAGGACGGGUUCUACGAAGUCGACUACAACAGCUUCCACGAGACCUAUGAGACCAGCACCCCCUCCCUCAGUGCCAAAGAGCUGGCUGAGCUGGCCAGCAGGGCAGAGCUGCCCCUCAGUUGGUCUGUGUCCAGCAAACUCAACCAACAUGCGGAACUGGAGACCGAAGAGGAAGAAAAGAACCUCGAGGAGCAAACAGAAAGGAAUGGUGAUGUGGCCAACCUCGAGAACGAGUCCAAAGUGUAGUCCCCCGGCCAGGCCACCCCUUCCCCUGUCCCCCCAACCUCUCCUUGUCUCUCAUCCUCCUGCUUUCUGCCUCUCUUACUUUGUUCUUUAUUUGUAUUUAAUUUUGGCAUUACCAGAAAACAAAUCUUCAAGGUGUAAAAUCUCUGCCUGCCCUCCCUCAGUUACUCCGAUUGAAGAGGUAGACACGGAUUUGGUUAAGGUGUAAGGUGCCCUCGUUGAUGGCCCACGCCUGUCUCCUCCCUAAAUUCCACACACCCAACUCCUAGAGAUUUAAGCUACUGACCUGCAUGUGCUGUACAAACCAGAUCACUCACAAGAGUGUGGCGAACAGGUGACCUGGGAUACACAUUAGGCCCAGUGCCUGUUCAUUCCUGCAGUGAGACACAGAGUGUAGCCCUCACUUUCCUAGAUCCCCACACAUUUCAUCUCCAGGGCAGGUGCUUGCCCCCCAAGGGCAUCACAAGGUGUAGGACCCAGGUGAGGCAAAGACAAAACACUGUACAUAUAUAUGCCUUAUGUAAGUAUUUUCUUUGGCAGUUAUUAAUAAAACCCAGCAUGUACAAAAGUACUGUAGAACACAACUUCUAAAUAAUGUACAUAGAUAUAUAAUUAGUGUAGGUUUAGAUAUAUAACUUUAGAAAUAAGAUGGAAGAAAAAAGAUUCUCACUGUACAGUAGGCAUUUCCGUUCUGAUGUCUUUUUCUGAAUUGCUUUGGUCCCAUUCACUGCUGGCCCUUUCGUGCAUGGCCUCUGUUCUGUGUCCCAGACUGGCAGCCCGUUCAGGUCCCUCACUGCUCCCUCACUGAUCCUUUCGUUGAAUCUAAUAAGCCAUAGGUCUGGGGGGAGUUGGGAGGUCCAGCAGAUGGCAAAACGCACCACCAAUACCCUGAUAUACUGUGAAAUGUUUACAAACUGAGGCCUCUCGUUUAAGACAACCAGGGCCUCACUGACCAGCCUGGGGAAGAAUUCCCCGGGGACGUUCUCGGGCUUGUCACCAAUGACAUGUUCACGCUUUCACACGAGCGCUCACCCUUUGUAGUCUGGGACACUCUUCUGCAAAACCACUGAUUCUCCAGCGGUUCCAUUCCGUAGUCACGAGAAACUACAGACUUUUACGAGGAGACAUGGCAGGUGAGCAGAAGAUGGUUGGGUCUGGAGUCAUGAACUUCAUAAAGGCUCAUAGUGUCACUGACCUCACACACUGACUUUAUCCUGCACUCUUUCCUGACCCGGGGGCUUAUCCAUCUGCUUCUUGCAUUGUUAUUUAUUCUAUUCUUUUAUUAUUAUGAAAUGACCAGAGUUCAACAUUCAAAGAGUACACCAACAAUCUUGGUGACUACGAAAUCUCUCAAAAGUAUGCCACAGGUUAGAAAUCAAAUCCAAAGUGUCUCUCAAGCAAAAGAAAACAAAAAACUGCAGCCUUAAUUCAUUUCAAUCUGCAAAGAUAAAUGUAGACAUAGAGAGGAAGAAAAAGAGGAGAGGAGGGAAAAAAUGGAGGGAGAGCUAAGAGGGAGGGUGGUAUUUUGUACUGAAAAUCUAAAUUUCAAUAUAAAAUUUUUUUUUUCAAAUAAAGAAAGAGAAUCUUACAUGAAAACAUCAAGGGCAGGUGGAAAUUUUGCACUGUGAAGAUCUUUCACAUUAAUUUUACUCUUUUAAACUGUUUGUUCCCUAACUCAGUCGCCCAUCAUCAAUAUCCACUGACUGGAGGCAAGUUCAUUGUCAGCUCCCACAGCUGUGCUCAGUUUGAGGCUCUGCACCGUGGAAGUCCAAGAACUCAAACUAGCCGUCCCUCCCUGUUGACCUUGCUCUCCCGCACCAGAUCACCCAGGCCUUCGCCACAGUGGAGGGACCUUGUCUACUAAAAAGCGUGUGUGGGAGAUAAGGAAAGGGGCUCCUCCGUCUGUCACGGGGCCUCUCUUCUCCCAUUUCCAAGACUUUGCAUCAGGACAACUGCUUCUUGGCACUGACUUUCUGGAGAACAAACCUGUUGGCCAUAGCCCCUUCCUGUUUGCCAACAUCUCACUCUGCGUUGAAUAUCUGUUGAAUCGUUUAUUCUUUCCACACUCUAAGGAGGAGGUUGCAGUCAAAGAGGAGGAGGGAGCCCCACACACUUCCUGCCAGGCUGUGGGAGGAAUUGUGGCCUUUCCUCCACGUACGUACGUAGCCUUAUACAGGGCGCUCUUGACUUGUGGGCGCCAACUCUGCAGCACCCCCAGAGCUGCAGAGCAUGGCCUGGUAGCACAAAGCGAAAUCGAGCAGGGGUUGCAAAAAGUCUGCUAAUUUAGCUCUUGAAGACUCACUGGGCCUUUUUAAAACAGUUACUAAGGCUUAAAGGACCACACACGCCCUGUUGUCUGGUGGGAACAGCAGCUCGGGGCCCGUUAGCACAACUGAACAAAGAGCCUGACAGCCCUUGGUCACGCACAUGGCGGUCGGUUCUGUCGCGGUGACAGGGCCCCCCGGGGUGAGGCCCUCCCUAUCCCCACUGUCUUUGGUGUCCAUGUAGUUGGAGACAGAACAUGAACCAAAUCUCGUUUUUGUAACGUGAGCCUCUGAGUCUCUCAACGAGGAUGUUCCAGAAGACCCUUUUACUAGAAUGUCCCGCGCAAACAUGUCUAUUUUUCUACAAUUAUUGAUAACAGUUUAACGGUGUAUUUUGUGUCAACUGUUAAAAUUUGGAACGGAAAGAAGCUCAUUAAGACUGGAUUUUCUAAGCAGCAAGUACUGAACGGUGUUUUUCCAUUAAGACAGUUCCACAAAGAUGCCCCCACGAUUUCCAGUCCCCACACUCCGUAUCCAGACCCCCUCCCUCAGCCACUUUGUUAGCAAACCAAGUGCGAUGAAAAUAAACAAGCCUAUUUUAAUGCAACAGCACCCAUAAGGAUAAGAAUCACUCUCGACUGGUAUUGUGGUGUCUGGUUGGUGUAUUGGAGUCUCUUUUCCAUAAAACCAUAGGGGGGUCCAUUCACUGGAGAAGCACUUUGAGCUGAAGGUGGCCGUUUGCUCCAGUCGAC